GUGUCAGGGCAGGGAGGGUGGAUACAUGGGUUAUCAGCUCCUGCCUGCACUAAGGGAAAUAUCUCCAGGGAAGAGAUGGGGUUGGCCUGGGGAUACCUUGUGUGUGUGCGUGUGUGUGCAUUUUUAUAUGUGUGUUUGUUAAAAAGCAAGGACUAAUUGUAGGGCAUCUCAGAGGGCAGAUUAGGAGGAGACUCUCUGCAGGGCAGUGCAUUAAAACAGCUUUGACUUUCCAAUGCAGUCAACACUGUAAUCCACAGCUGCUCUGCGUGUGUGUGUGUGUGUGUACACACGUCAUCUGUGCAUGUACAGUUUGUGUCAUCGCUAGUGCCUCGGUUAUUUGCAUUCAUGCAGUAUGGCUGUCUGAGCACACACUCUGUGAUUCUCCACUGCUCCCUCCCUCCCUCCCUCACCCACAGUCUGUUGCUCCCUCCCCCUCCUUUCCUCUCUGAGUGAGCGUAGUCUGGGCGCUGGGCCAACUAGAGUGCGUUUUUUUGAAUGAAUACCUGAUGCGGCUGAUGAGGCUGGCUGGGGGAGGAGCUGUGUCAGUGGAGUACUGAGAGAGAGAGAGAAAGAAAGAGGAGGGAGGUAGAGAAGGAAGGGGAGAGACUGUAAUACAGAGAGAAGGAGAGGGAAGCAGUCAGGCAGAUAGGGAGCUGGCGGUCUGGUGGCCUUGCAUAACACACACACACACACACACACACACACACUGAAGCAGCCUUUGCCACACAGGACUCGCUACAAGCUUUGGCAGUGGGGGACUUCCUUUGCCAGCGGCCUGAGGGGGCAGCGUAGCCUCCAAACGGAGCGGACAGCAGAGGAGGAGCAGCGUCAACACAAGCUCCAGGAGAGAAGGAAGGCACAAAGGAGAGAUUCAGGACGAGCAGUUUCAAGGAAAUCUCAUCUCUCUCUCUCACACACACACACACACAGAUACAUACAAACACGCACUCAGAGGCAGGAAGAGUCCAUGGACAUGCUCUGCAAGCAGUGGCUGUGGAGAGACUGAUUACUGCCCUCACUGUGGACGAGGUACAACCCUCAGAAAUGAUUCCUCAUGAAGUCUGUGGAGCUCAUUUUGUGAGCUGGAGAAACUCCGCCCUCUCUGGUAUGAGAUCUGCUGCCGUGUACAAGUGAAAGCGAAGCAACACAAGACUGAGUGAGUGCACAAAGAGGUCAGUCCUGCUGGAAACCACUGACACGAGAACAGGCCUCACAGAAGCCUCAAAGUCAUAGUCAAGCGACCGGUGAAUUAAUGCUGGCACAAUGAAAUCCAACCAAGAGAGGAGUAAUGGAUGCCUACCUCCUAAGAAGCGUGAGAUCCUGGCUCUGGAACAGAGACCAGUGAUCGUGGCCUCGGCUACUCCUCCGGCAGCGGUGGUCACAGAUAAUCCGCAUACAGAGAACUUAGCCUGGCUGGCAAGUGUGGCCACUGAGCGCUGCAAAUCCAGGGAUGAAGAGAGUCCAAAGUGUCUCAUCUCGUCCUCCUCGUGCACCUCGGCACCUUCCUCCACCACCUCCCUCUCUGCAGUGCCUCUGGCCUCUCUGCCUGCAGUUUACAACACAGCCCUUCCCCAGCAGGCCGGCACCAUCCAGCUCGCCCAGCUGGGUCCCAACGUUCAGUUUAUUAGCUCGGGGCCCUACGCGGGCUACAUCUCCUCUCACAUCAUCUCCACCAACGCCAGCACCAUGCCCAACAGCUCCACCAUAGUAGCCCAGCGGCCGCAGCUGGAUGGCUACACCACGACCCUCGUCUCCCCCAGCACCAAAGGGGAGCAACAGUUUCAGAUAGGCCUCUCCUCCACAGAGCUGACACCUGUGUCGUUACCAAGUUCUGCCCAGGUCACCGGCCAGUACAUCCAGCUGGACAACAGAACACCUCUGACGGUCAGCGGAAGCGCCGUCACCUCCCCCGCGACUCACCUCCAGCUACAGUCCCAUGCUGCGGUCCUCCCUCAAACACUUACACUCACUCCCUCCCAGCUGGUGGUUCAGUAUGCAGAUGGUUCAGUGGGGAAGAAGCCAGAGGGACACGUGAAGGGAAUGGUGAACGGGGAACUAGAGCUAAUGAAACAGCCGAAGGCUCUGGGUCAUCCAGCGAACCAUCAGCAGCUCCACAGCUAUGAGGCCAGACAUAUCCUUCUGCCUGCAGACUACGGCCAGAACCCUGCUGGACUACAGACCUCACUGGUGCUGGUGGCCCAGCCCAACCACGGAGAUGAACACGAAGUUGGAUCCAAUAAGAUCUCACUAGUCCAGACUGACAAAGGCAGCAUCUGCCUGGGAAAACCGGUGUCCAGAGCCUCCUCCUUCACCUCCCUCCCUACAUCUGAGCUGGUGAAAUCUGUUGCUCCUCACACGGUCAUUCAGACCACUCUGGCCCACGAGGAGCUCCCGGCCAAUCUCUAUUCCUCCACCCAACCGCCCAUCAUCGGUUACAUCACCAGUGCAAACCAGCACGCUGUUAGCUACCAUGCUACCCUGCCGCAGCACCUGGUCAUACCGAGCGGCCAGUCCCUCAUCAUCCCCGUCAGCGGUGCCAACAACGGCACAGAGAUGGAGGUCAGUCGUACGGUCAGCGCCCUGACGGCCACUACUACGCCUCAGAUAUCCACGGCCAUGCCACACGCCUAUCUGGCCACGGCUCUGUCCAAGUGUGAGGCACUCGCAAUGGAUGGAAAUCACAUCAUCCCCACCGUUCCACAGGCUCCAGUGGUCCCAGUGCUCCCCUCCAUCUCAGCUCCAGUUGUGGUGGAAGCUCCGUCCCCAGCUCCAUCCCCUGUACCAGCACCAGCACCAGUGUCCAUCCAGCCUCCCCCUCCUAUUUCCUCCUCCUCGUCCCCCGUGGCUCUUCCACCUUUCUUCAUGCGAGGCUCCAUAAUCCAGCUGGCUGACGGUGAGCUGAAGCGCGUGGAGGACCUGAAGACGGAGGACUUCAUCCAGAGUGCUGAGAUCAGCAGUGAACUGAAGAUCGACUCCAGCACCGUUGAACGGAUCGACAGCGGACAAACUCCAAACGUCGUUGUUAUUCAGUUUUCUGUGGGGGAGCUCAAAGCCCAGGUGUGUGUGGAGGUGUUGGUGGAGUACCCCUUCUUUGUCUUUGGUCAGGGCUGGUCUUCCUGCUGUCCAGAUCGCACCACCCAACUCUUUGAACUGUCCUGUGCUAAACUGUGCGUGGGGGACGUGUGCGUGUCCCUCACCCUUCGAGGACUGAGGAACGGCAUGGCGACGGACACCCAAGUUUUUGGGACUAAAAUGAAGACCAGUCCCCAGAACGACUCCUGUCACGGUGUGGACAUCUCUGUGAGACACAGUGCCAGUCCCGACACCGCAGGCAGUAACAGCAGCCUCCUAAUGAAGGCUUCCAGCUCGGACAGGCAGGAGAGAAAACAACCAGGACUGGAGUUACCAUCGGGACUGGGACUUGUCUCUGGAUCAGUGGAGAUGAUUUAUGGAACUGGAACAAUGUUGGCCAUUUCCAGGAACGGGGAACCGAGACAAAACUCUGGAAACGCGGACAUGCCUGCUCAAACGCAGACACAAUGUGGCGAUCAUGAGAGACCCACAGUUCGCAAACGACGCUGGUCGGCUCCAGAGAGAGACCAGGCUGAGAAAGCGGACGACGAGCCUCCGAUGACUCUGCCCAAACCCUCUUUUGUCCCUCAGGAGGUUAAAAUCAGCAUAGAGGGCCACUCCAAUACGGGGAGUGACAGGUUCUACACCAGAAGAGUAGACUGUUAGAGACCUUUAAUGAACCACCUGUGGUUUACUGCGUAUACUCCACCCCCCCUCCCCCCCAUCCAGACUACUGUAAUAUAGAUGGAGUUUCCUCAGUAUUUACAGGUUUUCUUUAUCCUAAGUCUGAAAUCUACAAUGAAGUUUAAUAGAGCACCUUCACAAGUGGCAACACACAUGAGAUCAGUGCAAUCAAUGCUGAAAGCAAAAUGGAAUGCAGCCCGAAUGUUGAGUGUGAAUGGAGGUCACGUGAGACGUUAUCAUUUGACAUUUUGACCUUUUUUUUUCUGUUAUACAAGCGAGCACGCGACCCAACAUCAGCUUGAAGGAAGUGCGUUUACAUGUUUGGAUUCUGUUCAUUUUGUAGUUUCCUGUUUUUCCCGGCAGUGACGUGUGGUUGAUUUCUGCUGCCUCGUGAGUCUGGUUCCAUUUCAGAUGUGUGUGUUUGUGACUCCAAAUGUACAGUACAGUACAGUACAGUACAGUACUGUGUGUGUAGUGUGUGUAGUUUCUGUGUUUUCUCUCUGUGUGGCUGUCAAACAGCGCAGGAGUCACGGGUGUAAACGUCUCGAUACGCAGUACUUCGAACUAAAAUUUUAAAAACUGUCUGAAUGUAAAUCAUCGUCCUCGUCUCCAGUACUGACCUUUGGAACUUUGCGUGUGCUCUUUGCUACACCUUUGAUAAGAAUGCUGGGAAUUUGGUACCAGUGAUUUUGCAGUAUGCUAAAGACGGUUGCACGUGGGUGCAAUCCUCAGAUGAAUUUCCCGACUUGUCACCACGUAAUGCAGUAUGCAGGAAUUUGGUGACGGCAUAUUCAAACACAUAAAUGUGUAACAGACUCCUUGUCCCCUGCAGGGGGUGCUCUGGAGUGGAGUGUCGUGAUUGACCAUCACUGGUUUAUCGUUAUCUAAUCUGGUAACUGUAGUUUAAGGAGGUAUUAUGGGUUGUUCUGUAUGCCUGUACUUCAUCCGUCUACUGCAUCGUCUUUGGCUUUAAUGCAGCGUCUGUUUUCCACUGGUAAACAUUAUCACACAGCAACGCCUCAGCCACUUGAAAAAGAAAAAGCAAUAUCACAAAAAAUACAGUCAGGGGGCAGUAAUGCUGCAGCUAAAUACACAACCAUACACUUCUAGUGUCCCAUAAAAAAUAAAGAAAAACAAAGUACUUUUUUAUGAGCCUUUUGAAUUGAGUUUAUUUCCUGCGUACUGUUCUUUUAAUUUUGACACUUUGUCCCGCUUCGUCUUAGUGAAACAUUUCAAAGUCGACGUGUUUGUUUUUUACUAUUGCAGUCAUGUACAGCAUUUAAAAUACAAAGCAAUUCUAAUUCUAAUACCUCUGAAAGACGACUUUCAUUUAAUCUAGUCAGGAAACAGAACCGAGCCGUUCCAUAUUGCGAUUUACAGGCGAUUCAGAAAAUCACAGAGAAAAAUGUUUCAUAAUCUUGGUUUGGCCUAACAAAAACGGCACUCGUCAAGAGCCAUAUUUUCUAAGGUCUCUCUAAAGGACGUGGAUUCUCAUCAUUUUCAGGCCUUUUCUCUGUGGCAGCUAGAAAUGAUGUUUGACAGGAGCAGUGAACGCAAAGUAAAGAGUGUAGCAGUGGGCCAUAAAAACCAAGAUGAGCAAGAAAUGCUUAACAGUCGGGUCGCGGUGGCAGCAACUGUAGAGGUUGAUGAUAACUUUUCUACUGGUUGAUCAGCUCUAACAACACAUUCCACAGCCAUCUGCCCCCAUUGGCCACCUCGCUGUUUACUGUCAGUGAGCAAAUUAUCAAAGGCAAACAAAAAAAAGUCAAAGUACAAUAUUACAAUCAACAUUAAAAUGGAAAAAAGUGACUUUACAUUCGGCUUCAUCCCAGUUCAUUCGUUUUCAUAUGACGGCCUUAGAUGCAGUGUACAAUUUAUUAUAGCAGCACUUUUUUAUUAUUAUUUUGGCAACACCUGUUUCAUCAAUGAAGGUCUGCAAACACCUGGUUUGUCACAGAAGAGUUGUGCUGUUCCAAAUAAACCAACUCUCUUUCUGUUAGUGCAUUUGUUUUUCAGAGUAGAGACAAAAAUAUAUCCUACAGUUCAUUCUCAGGAACAUUGUAUGUCAAUGUUAAUGUGCGUGUGUGUGCGUGUGUUCUGAGCAGCAGCACUUUGACAGAGCAUCAGCAGGAUUGUGUUGUUGUUAGUGGUGAGCCUGUGCAUCAGCGAACAGAUAAAAGGACAACUGUAGAGCGACUGUUUGUCGUCACACCUACAGGUCGACCAUUGACAGGAAGUCCGCACCAGGACAGGGAAUGUAAAACACAUCGUGCAAACUAUCUCCACUUUAUUUUUGAUGAUCCAUAGACCCUACUUUUCAGAGAAAGAAAGCUGUAGAUUUGAAGCGGGCCGGUGAGUGUUGAUCGUGUACAGCGAAUUGUAUUUUGGAGCGUGUACAGUGUGUGUGUAGAUAUACUAAUCCUGAUGUAGCUUCUGUACUGUAUGUGCCACAGCGCCUCCUUCUUCAAUCAUUCCAUUGACUCAGUAAUAUCACGUGGUUCUGCAGGCCUUAUUCCUUUGGUCCAAUUCAGGUGUUGAUGCUGUUUUCCUGAAUGUGCUACACUCCCUUGGUAACAUGGUUCUACAACUUUUUACACCGCGUACCAUCUCCCCAAAAAAAAAAUCUGGGCUCUCCAAGUAUCUCCAACAUACAUAUACGGUGUACGCACUUGAAAAUACACUCCAGAUAUUACCUAAAUUAAAGAGCAGGUGGCAGUAUAUUACAGCAAGUCACAUUGUACCUGUAGGAAUCAAAUCCCUCUGUGUGCCACUAGGAGGAGCCCAAGUGCCACCAGCAUGACCGAGAUAUAAAUACAACAGCACAUGAAGAAGCACUACACUUGGCACUUCAGUCAAAUAAAAAAAAACCAACACAAGUCCAAGUGUGACCA